CACGUUAUAACUAUCUUUAUAGCGAAGAUAUAUUGGGGUAAUCAGGAUGAGAAAAUCUUUUCAUACUUAUCUCUUUGCAGUAUUUGUUAGCCUGUCUCUCUCUACAGAUAUGGUUUCAGCUGAUGUUCUGGACCCGGAAUCCCAAUCACCCUGGCCGCCAUCCUGCCCAGAAGGAGAACAUGAGUGUAAAGAGGACGAUAUAUUUAAAAGGAAAAUUUGCUCCCCACCAGAUGAUAUAUGCCCUUGUAUAAAUUGUUGUAUAGACCCACCUACAUGCAAGAAAUGCGAUGAUCUACCUGCACAGCCUCCACCACCGUCGUCCAGACCGUUCCCACCGUCUCCGGAUCCAGAUGACUUCCCUCCGCCACCGACACCUAUAUGGCGGAACGACUUAUGUUCCCAAUUGGAUGAAAAGUUUAAAUUUCCCACUAGAAAGCCUUGCGAAGAAGCUUGUAAAACAGGUUGUGACUGUCUUUGUGAGGCAAUGGGAAGUUCCGUGAUAGAUCAAUAUUGCGAAAAAGAAGCUCCCAAGUUAGAUCGCUGCAGAUGUUGUUGUAAAGAUGUCACAGAAGUAGAAAGACUUCAAUUAUCAGAUAGUGGAGGAGAAUCAGAUGCCCCUGACUUUCCACCGUCAAACAAAGAAGAAGAAUUACAGUAUUAAAAUACCAAGUUAGGCACCACGAUAAAACGUUAUGACAGCUACCGCGUAAAUCCGUAACGCAAUUUUAUUUACAACUGAUGGUACUAGCUAGUGAUAUUUAUCUGCAGCCAGCUGCAAGGAUAAAAAAUGGAAAGAAAAAAAAAGGAUUAGCAAGAAGCACUAGUAGUUCCCUUCAACUAAUUAGUAUGUAGGUGCGGUAUUGGUAUAUGCUUAUGUUCUAUUCUUAGACAUACAGCAAGCUAUUGCCGUUUUUUUAUUCCCAACGUUGAUCAAG